CUCAAAAUCUAUAUAAAAGCUUGACAUGAUGGCUGUCAAAUCAGUUUGGGUUAUGGUCUUUAACCGAUACCACGGUAUAAUUGCCAAUAUGACUCCCACUUUCGCGCUUAUCAUUUUAAACAUACUGUAUGCUCAUGCUGAUCAUCAAGAUGCUCCAAUUCUCCCGAAUUAUUGGAUGUGGAAUAAUGGACCCCCUUACGUACCUCCAACUUCAUACUCUCCUUCAACAGCACCAGCUGAACCAUCAUUUGCACACCAAGGGUAUCCACCCAACUUUUUAAAACCAAUAAAUGCAGCUCAGGCAACAACCUACACUAGCGAUGCGUCUAAAAACGAUUAUGCCACAAGCGAUUCCAGUCGCAUUUUUGGGCAAGCGCCUAAAAGUGAAUCUAUCAGAUAUAGUGACAACUACGGAUCUGGAUCUGGCUUUGGCUCCGCUUUAGCUAGUGGAAACACAUUAGGAACUAGCUCUGGCUCUAGUUCAGAAUCACACUCAUGCUUAGGCAUAGGAUCAUGCACAGGCAAAGGCUCAGGCACAGGCUCAGGAUCAUGCUUAGGCGCUGGAUCAUGCUCAGGCAUAAACUCAGGCAAAGGCCCAGGAUCAUGCUCAGGCCAAGGAUCAUGCUCAGGCGCAGGAUCAGGUUCAGGCUCAGAAUCAUGCUCAGGCCAAGGAUCAUGCUCAGGCGCAGGAUCAGGCUCAGGCUCAGAAUCAUGCUCAGGCUCAUCAUCAUGCACGGGCAUAAACUCAGGCAAACUGCCAGGAUCCUGCUCAGAAAUAGGAUCAUGCACAGGCCCAGAAUCAGUCAAUCAAACUGUGCAUUUGCUUCAGUAACUACUUAGAGAUAUCAGCAGUCAUUCGCAAUCAAUUUAAAUUUUGACCCAUACUUAUAUUAUUAAAUAAAUAAAGCAAG